GAGGUACGGGUUUUGCGCCAAACUGGUGCAGCCAGAGCUGCGGCCGGAGCGCGCUCAUCCCUAAGGACAGCGGACAGCAGAAGGCACAACAUGAACCCCCGGCCGACCCAGCUGCCUCGAGCGACUCCCUGGCGCUCCCUGCCUUGCCCGCGCACCGAACUCCGCCUUGACCUGGUACUCUGUGGCGGGCAGACCUUCCGGUGGUCUGAAACCAGCCCCGGCUACUGGACUGGCGUGCUGGCCGGACGAGUCUGGACUCUCACGCAGUCUGAGGAACAUCUCUGGUACACCUUGCAUGAAGAGGAAAAGGAGGACGGUGGCAGAGAAGAAGAAGGCCUCUCCGAACCUCCCCUGAAGAAGAGCAGGAAGCAAACACAGCCGGAACCGAAUCGUCCUGGGACAAGCGAACGUCCGGGCAGCCAUUUGCCUGGAGAGUUGGCCCGGGGAACAGAUGGGAUGACUCCUUCUCAGAUCCUCCAGGACUAUUUCCAACUACAUGUAAAUGUAUCUGGGUUAUACCAGGGUUGGUCUUAUGUUGACUCGCAUUUCCGGGAAAUAGGUGUUAAAUUCCCAGGUGUCCGGGUGCUGCGGCAGGACCCAGUGGAGUGCCUCUUCUCCUUCAUCUGCACCUCCAACAACCACCUGUCCCGCAUCACCAACAUGAUUCAACACCUGUGCCAGGCCUUUGGGCGCCGCCUCUGCCAGCUGGAUACCAAGACCUAUCAUGCCUUCCCCACCCUGCAAGCAAUGGCAGGUAAAAACCUUAGGCCUCAUAGUUGCUUUGCGGCCUUUCCCUCCACAAACCAUCCCACCUACGUCUUCUGACUCCUUCUCCGCUUUCUGUUCUAUCCCCAAAAGGAUACACCAAUGACAGUGUUGGAAGGGACCUUGCAGGUCAUCUAGUCCACCCCCCUACUCUCGCAGGAGACCUAUACAAUGUCCUUCUCUUCUAUAUAUACA